AGAAAGAGAGAGAAAAGGAAAAGAAGAAAAGAGAAAGAAGAGAGAAGAAAGAUAAGGAAGAGAAGAGAAGAAGAGAAAGAGAAAGAAAGAAGAGAGAAGAAAGAGAGAGAGAGAAAGAGAGAGAAAGAAGAAGAGAAAAGAAGAGGAAGAAAGAAAGAGAGAAGAGAAGAGAAAAGAGAAGAAGAAAGAGAGAGAGGAAGAAAGAAGAAAGAGAGAAAGAGAGAAGGAGAGAAGAGAGAGAGAAAAAGAGAGAAGAAAAGAGAAGAAGAAGAGAGAAGAGAAAAGAAGAAGAAAGAGAAAGAAAGAAGAGAGAGAAGAAAGAAGAGAAAAAAGAGAAGAAAGAAGGAAGAAGAAAAGAGAAGAGAGGAAAAAAGAGAGAAGAAAGAAGAGAAGAAGAGAGAAGAAAGAGAGAGAAAGAAAGGAGAAGAAAAGAAGGAAGAAGAGAAGAGAGAGGAAGAAGAGAAGAAGAAAGAGAGAAAGAGAAGAAAAGAAAGAGAAAAAGAAAGAAAGGAAGAGAGAGAGAAAGAGAGAGAGAAAGAAAGAGAGAGAGAAAGAAGAAAGAGAGAAGAAGAAAGAAGAAGAAAAAGGAAAGAAGAAGAGGAAGAAGAAGAAGAAAAGAAAAAGAGAAGAAAAGAAAAAGAGAAGAAGAGAAAGAAGAGAAAGAAGAAAAAGAAAAAAGAAAUAGAAAGAGAGAGAGAGAGAAGAAGAAAGUGCAAGAGAGAAAAAAGAAAGAGAAAAGAAAAAGAAAGAAGAAAAGAAGAGAGAAAAGAAGAAAGAAAGAAAGAAAAGAAAGAAGAGAGAGAAAAAGAAGAGGAAGAAGAAAAAGAAGAAGAGAAAAGAAGAGAAGAAGAGAGAGAAGAAAGAAAAGAGAGAAGAAGAGAAGAAAAGAAAAAGAAGAAAGAAGAAGAAAGAGAAAAGAAGAGAAAGAGAAAAGAAGAGAAAAGAAAAAGAGAGAAAAGAGAGAGAAAAAAGAAGAAGAAGAAGAAAGAAGAAAGAAAGAGAGAAGAAGAAAAAAAGAGAGAAAAGAAAAGAGAAGAAGAAAGAAGAAAGAGAGAGAAAAGAAGAGAAAAGAAAAAAGAGAGAGAAGAAGAAGAGAGAAGAGAAGAAGAAGAGAGAAGAUAGAAGAAGAAGAGAAGAAGAAAGAGAAGAGAAAAGAGGAGAGAGAAAAGAAGAGAAGAAGAGAAAGAAAAAGAAAGAGAGAGAAGAAAAAGAAAAGAAGGAGAAGAGAAGAAGAAAGAAGAGAAGAAGAAAAGAGAAGAAAAGAGAAAGAGAAGAGAAAGAAAGAGAAAAAGAAGAGAGAAAAGAGAAGAAAGAGAAAGGAGAAGAGAAGAAAAGAAAAAAGAAGGAGAGAAAAAGAAGAAAAAAGAAGAGAAGAAGAAGAGAGAAAAAAGAAAGAAGGAAAAAGAAAAGAAAAGAAAGAAAGAAAAAGAGAAGGAAAAGAGAAGAAAAGAGAAGAAGAGGAAGAAGAGAAAGAAGAGAAAAGAAAGAGGAAGAAGAAGAAAGAGAAGAAAGAAGGAAGAGAGAAAGAAAAAAGGAGAGAGAGAGAAA